AUGAAGAGCGAGCGAGCGAGCGAGAGAGAGAUGGCGAGAAACCAAAGCGCUAAUAAGCGAUCUCGACGGAUGAAUAUAUUGAGGCCGUCGGAUAAAACGAGUGGCGACGGAUCAUCUUCCGAUGACCUCACCAGUGACAUCCAUUCAUUGUUCGAGCUGCACUCACUCACAAAUACAUCAACAGCAUCACCAAUCAUGGGCCUUCCACAACUCCAAAACCCCUCCUCUACAGCAGACACCACCACCACCACAUCUCCCCCAGCCAAGCCUGCUUCUUCUUCUUCCUCAUCAGCAGCAGCAACCUCCCAACUCCCUCCCGAAGCCCUCGACCUCGCCACCAAGCUCUUCGACUUCGCCCGCACCGGCCAAACCGCCUCUCUGCAACAAUACAUCUCCGCCGGCAUCCCCGUGAACCUCACCAACCACAAAGGCGACACACUACUCAUGCUCGCGACCUAUCACGGCCACAUGUCCACCGUACAAAUGCUCGUAGAAAAAGGCGCUGAGCUGGAUAUUCUGAAUGAUCGCGGACAGAGUAUAGUCGCUGGUGCGGUGUUUAAAGGAUAUGGAGAUAUUGUGAAGUAUCUGGCGGAGCAAGGCGCGGAUUUGGCCGCGGGGCAGCCGAAUGCGAUUGAGAGUGCGCAGAUGUUUCAGAGGAGGGACCUUUUGAGGCUUUUUGGGGUGGAGGAUGUAGUUGGGGGGCAGGGGGGUCAUCAAGGGGUUUCUUGAAAGUCGGUGGGGAAGUGGAACAAGUUCAGGAGUGAGACGCUUUGGUUCUGUAGGCUUGCAUUGGGCUCUUUCGCAUGAGGGAUAAGGUGCGAUAUUGGCCGCCGCGAAGUGGAGGGGAGGUUUGUUGGAAACGACAAGUGACUAUCGAAGACACUGCGAAGUGGACCCGCAGAAUGAAUUUUGCAUAGCGCUUGUGAUCAACUAGCGAUGCAGCAUUGGGGCCGUGUAUCGCCACCGAUCAAGGGCAAGCCCAGGGGACAGAAACAGCCGGAUAACAGCAGAGAUGUGGCAGGAGAUACAAACAGGACUCGCGAGAAAUCCUCUUAUAUGCCAUUUAGGGUACAUCCAGUCUACAGAAAGCAGACAUAACACC